UAGCCAUGGAAGUUCAGUUGUCAUCCUGCAUGAGCGCUGAUGUUUUUCCCCACUGAAAUGGGCAUUUUAGAGGGCCAGCUCACUUAGCAGAGGCCCGGGUUUAGGAGAAGGGACCCUUUGCAACGCGAGCGAGCCUGUGCUUUUGGGCGACCGCGAGAGAUGGAGUGGCAGCAGGGCACGGGAGAGCCGAAGAGCGCGUGUCCCGCAGACUCGGGGGAUGAUAAGUGCUACGGUGCCUCGGGUGAAGCUCAAGCUGGCCACACUCCCCCUCUACACCACGCGCUCCUCCUGCAGCAGCAGCGGUGUGUGUCGUCCUCUAUCGCCUCCGUGUGGCAGCUGUGUGCGGCGCAGCAGCAGCUGAGUGGGCUGGCUCUACACGGCUCCGAGUCCGCAGAACAGCACCGAGCGCGCUCAGACGCGUCCCACGAUGACAUCACCCUUGCCGAGCAACAGUGGCGGCUGAAGGAGAGCAUGCUGGGUAAUAGUGGUGACCUGGCGCACGGCAUGCUGGGAAAUAGUGUUGGAGACUUGCGGUCACAGAGUCCAGAGCUCACACACACCACCAGCCGAGACGUCUUUAACAAGAGCAUCAUUAAUGCCUGCAGCAGUGUCCAGUCUAUGGAGGAGGAUAAGAGCAAGACAUUUGUCCAGAAGCAUGAAGACCAAGUCAAACACUUUGGCAUGCUGCGGCGGUGGGAUGACAGCCAGCGGUUCCUCUCCCAGAAUCCUCAUCUGAUCUGCGAAGCCGCAGCCAAUUACCUGAUACUGUGGUGCUUUAGACUACAACAGGAGCAGAAGUCGGCGUUGAUGCAGCAGGUGGCUCACCAGGCGGUGGCGCUGCAGUUCAUAUUGGAGAUGGGAAGCUCCGCCCAGCAGGACCCCCGAGCCUGCUUUAGACACUUCUUCAAUAACGUCAAGACGGGUCAGGAGGGCUACCUGGACGUGUUUCAGGGUGAGCUGGCGUCGUUCACGAGGAGAGUGGAGCAGUUCACCAUGGCGACCACGAUGGAGGGGGAGGUUACCAUGCCAACCAAGAUGGAGACCCCCAAAGCAUCAGAGCUGCACCCCCCCAAUCCCCCUCAUGCCAGACUACACCCCAAAGACGUACUCGACUCACUGCCCCCGGAGUUGAAGGCUGGUUUGCAGCUUCAAGACAUGCAGAUUCUCCAGAACGUCCUCAGCACCAUGAACCCCCAGGUGGCUGAGUACCAUGUGAGGCGUUGUUUGGAGGCGGGGCUCUGGAGGGCGGACCCCUCCCCCUCGUCAGGCGUGUGGAGUGCGGAGUGUGUAUCCAGAGACCCCUCGUCAGCAGAGUGUGUGGCAUCAGAAGCCGAAGAGAACCGCAUGAUGGAAACAUAACAGGAAACACAUACACACACACACACACACAGCUGAAACCUGGAGCUCACUCGCCCUCCUCACACACACACACACACACACACACACACACACACACACGCACCUGAAACCUGGAGCUCACCCGCCCUCCUCACAGACACACAGACACACACACACACACACACACACACACUCUCACACCCUGCCCCCCUGGCAACCUGAGAGGAGGGGCAGAGUAGGGCU